GUCUGCACCGCUACUGCUACUGCUACUGCGACCUGACUUUUUGCCCAGAGUGUGGAAACACACACGCGUAUCCCUUCCUUCCCCGUGCUUCAUGAUUUGCCCGGGGCGUCGCUCCUUCCGUCUUGACAUUCUGUCAAUCCUCGUUCCUUCCUCGACGCAAUCUGAAAAAUGACCGACUUCAUCUCUGUCUUGUGAGUCCAUGGCGCCGCCAAUCUUUGCUUGACCACCAGACAAUCAUUUCCAUUUCUCGAGCAUAGACGUCGUCGUGGUCAUUGUCGUCGACACGUCUCGUCUCGCUUCAUCCCCAUUUCCAUCUUCACUCAUACCCAUGAUCACCUCCGCCACCUCUCUCUAUUCUAAUACCUGCCCACUUAUCAACCCACGGCACCAUUCUUUAUCCUCGCCAUCUACUCCAUAACCACCUAGUCUAUUAGUCUUACCAUGUCGACCAACGUUCAUACCAUCGUUACAAACGUGCAGGAUAUGGUUUCCCAGGAUCCACAACAAGUCCACCCUUCCACCUCGACUCCCUCGCCCCCCUCCUCUUCCACAAAGCCAAAGCCCAAGGUCAGAAGCAAGUAUCGCCAUGUGGCUGCCCUCCACUCCAAAGCUCAGCCUUCAGUCCUGAGUCAUGAGACUCCAGAAACCCCCAGUUUCAUCGGUUUCCGAAACCUCAUGGUCCUGACCAUCAUUGUCAUGAACCUGCGCCUCGUCGUCGAAAAUGCAAGAAAGUACGGGUUGCUCAUCUCCCUCAAAUACAAUUUGCGGAAUCAUGACAUCAAAAUGGCCGCUAUCCUCUAUGCCGCCACUCCUUGCCACCUAUUUGUUGCCUAUAUUAUUGAACGAGUCGCCAUGGAGAACGUCAAGGGUGUGAUCGGGAGAAGAAAGAAGAGAGAACUAGGUGAAAAUGACGCUUGCCGGGAUCAAGAAAACAAAGACUUUUACUAUACUUGGUGGUGGAUAGCUUUCUGGCACACAGUCAACGCGAGUCUCGCCUUGGCCAUCACAAGUUACGUUGUCUACUGUCAUGUUGACAACCCCGGUCUCGGCACGAUCAGCGAGCUUCAUGCAAUUGUUGUCUGGUUGAAGACUUGUUCCUAUGCUUUCACCAAUCGCGACCUCCGACAUGCCAUGCUACAUCCUGGCGGCCCGGAAUCCGCCCUACCGGACAUCUAUGCUGAAUGUCCUUACCCUCGUAACGUCACCCUGUCCAACCUCUGCUAUUUCUGGUGGGCGCCAACACUCGUUUACCAACCGUUUUAUCCUCGAUCAAAGGAGAUCCGCUGGAGCUUUGUGGCCAAACGGGUAGGAGAGGUCAUCGCCCUCAGUGUCUUCAUCUGGCUCACUUGUGCUCAAUACGCUGUUCCCGUUUUGCAGAAUUCUCUCGAUGGAAUGGCUGUGUUGGAUAUCUCUUCCAUCUUGGAAAGGCUGAUGAAAUUGUCCACCAUCUCCCUGAUCAUCUGGCUCGCCGGCUUCUUUGCCUUCUUUCAAUCCUUCCUCAACGCCUUGGCUGAAAUCAUGCGAUUUGGUGAUCGUCAAUUCUACGACGACUGGUGGAACAGCACCAACCUCAAAAAUUAUUGGUCAACCUGGAACAAGCCGGUCUAUCAUUUCAUGCGUCGACACGUAUAUUCACCCUUGGUCGGUCGGGGCUGGUCCAGUCAGGCCGCCAGUGCCUGGGUCUUUGUCUUUUCUGGAUUUCUGCAUGAGAUUGCAGUUGGAAUUCCCUGCCACAGUAUCCUCGGCGUGGCUUUCGCCGGUAUGAUUCUACAGCUACCCCUCAUCAUGAUGACCGAGCCGUUGGCUAAGAAGGAGGGUAUGGCAAAGGUAGCUGGGAAUUGUAUCUUCUGGAUCAAUUUUGUCUUUGUCGGCCAGCCACUUGCUGCAAUGAUCUAUUUCUACGCCUUCAACACUAAGCAUGAAGAAUUGAGCCAGGGGGCAGAACAUCGAAGCUGGUUUACCAAGGGAUGGUUUGAUUAGCGGUAUGAGACGAACAUAUGGGAGGCUUAUAUACACUAGCCUUUAGUUAUAUGAAAGUUAUAUGAAAUAUGACGACUGUAAUGAUAGAAUAUAUCUGCAUUGUGCAGAAAUUACCAUGAAUA